AUGGACAACUUGAGAAGACAAGUCCAGCAGCUCCAAGAACGUUUACAACAUUUUGAAGCCUCUGAACAUGAUGCCUCGCAUCAUGACUCGGAGAAUGAAGUUUCCAGCGACGAUGGAGAGGGUGUUAAUCCUUUUCACCCAGCUCGUAGUCACACCUCAAGUGACAGCACUCCACCUCAUCCUCGAAACCUAAGACUUCAUGGUGUCCGACGCCAUUAUGAUGUCAAGGUGGACAUUCCAGAAUUUGAAGGAAGAAUGCAGCCCGAUGAAUUCAUUGAUUGGCUUAAUACCAUUGAGCGAAUCUUUGAUUACAAAGAUGUUCCAGAACACCACAAGGUGAAGCUUGUUGCCAUCAAGUUGAGAAAGCAUGCUUCUAUUUGGUGGGAGCACCUUAAGAAACAACAGGAACGUGAAAGGAAAAGCCGCAUUGUGACGUGGGCUAAGAUGAAGAAGGCUCUCAAGAAGAAGUAUUUGCCAGAUCAUUAUCGACCAGAUGCUUUUCUUAAGUUCCACAACUUUCGGCAGAACGAACUUUCUGUGGAGGAGUACACAGCGGAAUUUGAUCAUUCUAUGAUGCGCUGUGAUAUUGUAGAACCGGAGGAGCAAAUGGUAGCCCGUUACCUUGGAGGUUUACGUUCCGAAAUCAGUAAUGUUGUUCAGUUACAGCCUUAUUGGACUUACAAUGAUGUUUGUAAGCUAGCACUCAAGGUGGAGAGACAAUUGAAGGAAGGGCGCAGGAGUACCUAUCGACCUUUCAAUCAAGGAGGAAUCACCAACCGGGGGAGUAGUUCUACUGCCAAGACCACUCCAUAUCCCAAGAAUGCAGCUGCCAAACCAGCCAAGAGUGAAGCCAAACAACCAGCCAAGAAUGAAGCUCAUGCAGGUUCAAAUCGCUCCAAUAAUUCUAACUCAGGUAGAAAAUGCUUUAAAUGUCAUGGCUUUGGACAUAUUGCUUCUGAUUGUCCAAAUCGCAAGAUAAUCUCACUUGUUGAGGAAGACUUGGAAGAUGAUGGGGAUGAACUAGUUGAUGAAGAGUCUGAGGAAGACUUGACAUAUGCAGAUCAAGGAGAGUCUCUUGUAAUUCGCAGGAUCUUGAAAUCCACCUACGCAGAAGAAGAUUGGCUCCGGAACAACAUUUUCCACACCAAGUGCACCUCUAGUGGCAAGGUGUGCAAUGUCAUCAUUGAUGGGGGAAGUUGUGAGAAUGUGGUGUCUACAACCAUGGUGGAGAAGCUCAACCUGAAAACAGAACCUCAUUCCCAUCCUUACAAGCUUCAAUGGCUUAAAAAGGGCAAUGAUAUCCAGGUAACAAAGAAAUGCUUAGUUCAAUUCUCUAUUGGGAAGAAUUACAAAGAUGAAGUUUUGUGUGUUGUUGUUCCUAUGGAUGCAUGUCAUAUAUUGCUUGGUAGACCAUGGCAGUUUGAUAGAAGAACUUUUCAUGAUGGUUUCAAAAACACUUAUUCUUUUGAAAAAGAUGGGACCAAAAUUACCUUAGCUCCGUUAAGAAUAUUGACUACACCUAAACCUUCUAAAGGGGAGGGUAAUAACCUACUUUCUAUAUGUGAAGUUGAGAGAGUUUUAACAGAAUGUGGGGAAGGGUAUGCUCUAGUGGUAGUUGAAAAGAAAGACCCAAUUGAAAUUCCUCUUAUCUUACAACCAGUUCUUGAGAAAUUUCCUGAUGUUAUUCCGAAAGAGCUUCCACCGGGUCUUCCACCCAUGAGAGACAUACAGCACCACAUUGACCUCGUUCCAGGUUCUGUUCUACCUAACAAGGCAGCCUAUCGAAUGAAUCCAAGAGAGCAUGAAGAGUUGCAGAGACAAGUUGAUGAAUUGAUCACCAAAGGCCUUGUGAGAGAAAGCAUGAGUCCUUGUGCUGUUCUAGCACUUCUAGUACCAAAGAAGGAUGGUUCUUGGCGUAUGUGCAUCGACAGUAGGGCCGUGAACAAGAUCACCAUCUGGUAUCGCUUUCCCAUUCCGCGGCUAGAUGAUCUCCUUGAUCAGCUUCAUGGAGCCACAAUCUUCUCCAACUUGGAUCUUCGUAGCGGAUACCACCAAAUUCGCAUAAGAGAUGGUGAUGAAUGGAAGACAGCUUUUAAAACUAGAGAUGGUCUUUAUGAAUGGAUGGUCAUGCCAUUUGGACUCUCUAAUGCUCCCAGUACAUUUAUGCGUCUCAUGAAUCAUGUUUUUAAACCAUUUAUGGGAAAAUUUGUUGUUGUUUACUUUGAUGAUAUCUUAGUUUACAGCAAAUCUUCAGAACAGCAUUUGGAGCACCUUCAACAAGUCUUUCAAACUCUACGAGAGUAG